AUGGCGCAUUUCUAUAGCCCCAUUUCAGUGACCCUCUUCACUCCGCAUCUGGUCUGUCUGUUUAGAUCCGAAUCCAGUUGCGGGCGCUCUGAUCUCCGCCAUCUCGGUUGGUUCGGUUGUCUCAUUUCCACGACAUUGCGAUUGUCCGUCUGCUCGUCACACUUUUACUGUGCACAUGUCAGCCUGACAUGUAGCUCCGGCCCAUCCAGUCUGGCGGCCAUGGCAGCCAUGCUUUAUUGUGCAUGUUGUCGUGCCACUCGAGACACACUCUCGAGUCUAUCGUAUGGAGCCUCUCUCCCCGCUCCACCAACUCUACCCUCUGCAUGCUCGCAAGCGAUGGUACAGACUGACAACCUCGAAGAAAUCCAGGCGACGAGCCCCCAUUUGAGGGCCCCGCUCGACGCCUCCGUGUCUUGGGCAUGCGAUCUUGUGGAUAGGCUCACAAGUGUCUAA